AUGGCAUUGCGUGUGGAAGCGUCUGAUGAGCGAGUUGAUGACCUUCUACACAGGCUAUUUGAAUCCAAAGAAAUUGACAUGGCUAAAGGCGAUAAACUAGCAGCAGUUGAUCUUUGCGAGUGCAUUUUCAUGAGCACACAUAAGCGUUUUGAUGAUGGCAGUUAUUGUGUACAAAUACCAUUUACACCAGAUGCUCCACCACUUGGCAAUUCACAUCAGAUGGCACUCAGGCAAUUUCACCAGUUGGAACGAAAAUUGGCAUCCAACUCAGAGCUGAGGCAAAGAUAUGUGGCUUUUAUGCGCGAAUACGAACAACUUGGUCACAUGCACCCUAUUCAGCAUCACUCAGGCGACCCAUCUCAGGCAUACUACAUUCCACAUCAUGCAGUCAUGGCAAAAUUCCGAGUCGUAUUCAAUGCUUCCGCAAAAACAUCGAAUGGCAUAUCAUUAAAUGAUACACAACUCGCUGGCCCCCCAAUACAGGAUUUAUUACUUAACCUUUUGCUUCGCUUCAGGCAGCAUCGAAUAGCAUUCACAGCUGAUGUGGAGAAAAUGUUCAGGCAAGUCAAGGUUGACGAGAGGCACAGGCAGUGGCAACAGAUCCUCUGGCGGGAAUCAUCCGAUCAGCCCAUUCGCACAUAUCAAUUGGCUACCGUUACAUAUGGCACAACUAGUGGCACAUAUUUGGCUGUUCGCGCUAUGCAGCAAUGUGGCAGAGACAACUCUUAUAAACUCUCAGAUGAAGUACGAGCUAAAACUGCUUUGCAUCCUGAAUGA